GGACAGUGUUUUCUCUACUUCCUGUUGGCCUUCUGUAGCUAAGUCGUUAGCUUGUCAUUAGCGUUUUCUUUUCUCCUCUCCUCUCUCUCGCUCCAGUUUUUCACAAGUUCAUCAAACAACCGCAGUAAGAAUAUUUCAUCAAGCACGGUGAGUAAUGGCUUCGCCUACUAUCGUUAUUUGCACCUCUUGCCACAUGUACAGUUUAUCUAUCUCUGUCGCUGAUGAGGGAUUCACAUGUGAUAAAUGCAGGGAAAUAGUUAGGCUGACAGAGAAGAUUUCAGAAUUAGAGACACGCAUCCAAACUUUAAUUGAGGACAGUAAGAAUGUUAGGGCUCUAGAUACGGCUUUGGAUGCGUCUAGCUCAGGGAUUCCUGUACAUUGUCCGGUUCCAGCAGAGCCCCUGCAGCAGGGCAACUGGGUGACGGUGAGGCAGCGUAGUCGUGGGUCAAAACACCGCUCUUCUGUUCCGAUCAAAACAUUAAACUGGUUCUCCCCACUCAGUGAUGCACCCACUGAGAAACCUGAUGAAAGUGCUCUAGUUAUUGGUGAUUCUAUUUUACGGAACGUGAAUAUAGAGACACCAGCCACCAUAGUCAAAUGUUUACCGGGAGCCAGAGCGCCUGACAUCUUGGCAAAUUUAAAAGUGCUGGCUAAUGCUAAAGGUAAAUACAGUAAGAUUGUUAUUCAUGCCGGCGCUAAUGAUGUUCGACUUCGCCAGUCGGAGAUCACUAAAAAUAACUUUAAAGAGGUGUGUGAACUUGCAAGCACGAUGUCAGACACUGUAAUAUGCUCUGGUCCCCUCCCUGCUUACCGUGGUGACGAGAUGCAUAGCAGAUUGUCAUCACUCAAUGGCUGGAUGUCUAAGUGGUGCCCACAGAAUAACAUAGGUUUCAUAGACAAUUGGACGAGCUUUUGGGGCAGACCUGACCUGUUUAAAAGAGAUGGUCUUCAUCCCUCCUGGGGUGGCGCCACUCUUCUGUCUAGAAAUAUGGCACAUAGUCUUAGUUCAUCAAACAACCGCAGUAAGAAUAUUUCAUCAAGCACGGUGAGUAAUGGCUUCUCCUACAAUUGUUAUUUGCACCUCUUGCCACAUGUACAGUUUAUCUAUCUCUGUCGCUGAUGAGGGAUUCACAUGUGAUAAAUGCAGGGAAAUAGUUAGGCUGACAGAGAAGAUUUCAGAAUUAGAGACACGCAUCCAAACUUUAAUUGAGGACAGUAAGAAUGUUAGGGCUCUAGAUAUGGCUUUGGAUGCGUCUAGCUCAGGGACUCCUAUACAUUGUCCGGUUCCAGCAGAGCCCCUGCAGCAGGGCAACUGGGUGACAGUGAGGCAGCGUAGUCGUGGGUCAAAACACCGCUCUUCUGUUCCGAUCAAAACAUUAAACAGGUUCUCCCCACUUAGUGAUGCACCCACUGAGAAACCUGAUGAAAGUGCUCUAAUUAUUGGUGAUUCUAUUGUACGGAACGUGAAUAUAGAGACACCAGCCACCAUAGUCAAAUGUUUACCGGGAGCCAGAGCGCCUGACAUCUUGGCAAAUUUAAAAGUGCUGGCUAAUGCUAAGCGUAAAUACAGUAAGAUUGUUAUUCAUGCCGGCGCUAAUGAUGUUCGACUUCGCCAGUCGGAGAUCACUAAAAAUAACUUUAAAGAGGUGUGUGAACUUGCAAGCACGAUGUCAGACACUGUAAUAUGCUCUGGUCCCCUGCCUGCUUACCGUGGUGACGAGAUGCAUAGCAGAUUGUCAUCACUCAAUGGCUGGAUGUCUAAGUGGUGCCCACAGAAUAACAUAGGUUUCAUAGACAAUUGGACGAGCUUUUGGGGCAGACCUGACCUGUUUAAAAGAGAUGGUCUUCAUCCCUCCUGGGGUGGUGCUGCUCUUCUGUCUAGAAAUAUGGCACAUAGUCUUAGUGUUUAUACUUGACUAACUGGGGCCCAGGUCAGGAAGCAGACAGACUGGCUAAACUGACCAUCUGCUAGCUGCCUCCCGUCACAGAGGUCAGUUAAUUCUCAGCACAUAGAGACUCUUUCACCUAGAUAUUACACUAUAGAGACUGUGUCUGUUCC